UAUGAACACCCUUAAAGUGUUAAGUGAUAUAGUAUUUGAUAAGAAUGAAAAGCUAGAAAUAGAAAAGGAAAACUCCUUUACUUAUUGUGAACCUCAUUAUAUGGCAGAGAAUGAAUAAGUAAUAUAUUAUGCAUAUAUUUGAAUUAGGAGGAAGAAUAAUAAGAGGAGAUACAAUUACCUGUUUAUUCACCUUAGUAGUUAUCACAUUUCAAAAGACCUAAGCCAAUUUCUUUUGAUGAAUUCAAUCUAGAUGAAGAUCCAAAAAAAAAAGUAUGCACUUAAAUGGAAUCAUCUACUACAACAGAACAAUCAGAAGUAUAACAAAUGGGAGAUUUGGAAAGAUUGGCUGAUAUGCUCUAACGUGAAAAUUAAAAGAAAUAUUCAUACCCCAAGAAUUUACCUGCUCCUUCUAACAUCGAUAAUCAUUUAGGUGAAUUGAUUUUGAGAUUCAAUCCAUCACAAAAAUAGGAUGAAUUUGUUUCAAAUUAUGUAAAGGGAGAUGAUUUAUUGAGAAUCAAAGUUGGAUUAUGUGAUGAUAUCCUAAAUGAUGAAGAAACAUUAAAGUUUGAAGAUUGGGUUGAAUAAUUAUGUACUUCAACUAAUCAUGAAUCACUCAAAGAAAUGGCAAGAAAAUAAAAAGUUAAACGAUAUCUAGAAAAAAAACAUAAUAGAACUUAUGAAAAGAAAGUUCAUUAUCAUAUAAGAUAAAAGGUAGCUGAAGAGAGAUUAAGAGUCAAGGGUAGAUUUGUAACAUGGGGAUAAGUAUGUUAAUUAUUAUAUAUUAAUAUAGGCAUUGAAGAUGUUGGAUGAAAAGGACAUCAAGAAAUCAUGGAGUUAUAAUGACUAUACUAAAAUAAAGAGUUUAUUGAAUGAAAAGUAUGGAGCUAUAAAAAGUGAAAAGUCAUUGAGAUUCUGAUU